AUGACAACGAGAGAGAGAGUGUGUGAGGAAAAACUGUUUGUACACAUGGCAACCGCAGUAGCAAAAGUUGGAAAAUCAGUUCACCGCAUUUUUGUGGGCAAUUUACCGUGGACGGUGGGUCAUCAGGAAUUGCGUGGUUAUUUUAAAGAAUUUGGACGUGUGAUCAACGCCAACGUCAUAUUUGAUAAGAAAACCGGGUGCUCCAAGGGUUACGGCUUUGUGAGUUUCAAUAGCUUGCAGGCGCUGGAGAAAAUUGAGAACGAGCAGAAGCAUGUGCUGGAGGGAAAUUAUCUAAACAUACAUAAGUCAUAAAUUCAAGAGCAACAACAACAACAACAGCAACAC